CUGGGGGAGUUUGUUAGAGAACAACUAGGGAGCAGGUUCAUUGAGUGGGACAAUGCUUGCCUGCCCCAUGCUGCCUGGGUGGAGCCCAGAGCAGUAUGCCCCAGGGUGUACAGAGGGCAGGGUAGAGGGAAACAAGUCCAGGAGCCCAAGGAAACACCUGAAGGUGGGGAACACGUAGUCCCCAGUUGCCACUGUGCCUGCAGUUCCUUGAUGCUGAGCCCGAUGCUGAGCCUGUUGGUACUGGCGCUGCCCUUGCUGUCUGGCCUGGUCCACGCAGCCCCUGCCCCAGGCCUGGCCCUGGAGCGAGCAGGCAUCGUGGGGGGCCAGGAGGCCCCUGGCAGCAAGUGGCCCUGGCAGGUGAGCCUGAGGGUCAACGGCAGCUUCUGGAUGCAUAUCUGCGGGGGAUCACUCAUCCACCCCCAGUGGGUGCUGACUGCAGCUCACUGUGUGGGACCACACAUUGUGAGCCCUGAAUUCUUGCGGGUGCAGCUCCGAGAGCAACACCUUUAUUACCAAGACCACCUGCUGCCCAUCAGCCGGAUCAUUACACACCCUGACUACUAUGAGGCCCAGAAUGGUGCAGACAUCGCCCUGCUGGAGCUGGAGGACCCUGUGAACAUCUCUAGCCACAUCCACCCCAUCUCCCUGCCUCCUGCCUCGGAGACCUUCCCCUCUGGGACGCUGUGCUGGGUGACAGGCUGGGGCAAUGUGGGCAAUGGCGAGCUGCUCCCACCGCCCUAUCCCCUACAACAGGUGAAGGUCCCCAUCGUGGAAAAUCACCUUUGUGAUGCCAAAUACCACAUUGGCCUCUCCACGGGGGACCACAUUCACAUUGUUCGAGAGGACAUGCUGUGUGCUGGGAAUAGCCAAAGAGACUCCUGCCAGGGGGACUCCGGAGGGCCGCUAGUCUGCAAGGUGAAGGGCACCUGGCUGCAGGCGGGCGUGGUCAGCUGGGGUGAUGGCUGUGCUCAGCCCAACAGGCCUGGUAUCUACACUCGCGUGACCCACUACCUGGACUGGAUCCACGGCUAUGUCCCCAAGGAACCCUGAGCUGGGUUGACAGGGCUGCCCCUGCAUCAAGGGAGAAGCAGCCCCUCCUGUCACCAGCAUGCUGCCUCUUGCCCAGGUGAACCCCACCCAGUCUUCCCUGUCUUGCCCUGAGCCCCCUUCCCUGUCUGGAGUCCCUUCCUCUGCUACCCCUCCCCUAUUCAGCUAGCUGGUGUUAAUCCUGCUGGCAGCUGUGUCUCAUUAAAAUGCAUGAAAAGCAU